AUAACUUCAGUACCUUGGCCCAGAGCAGACAGUACUAAGUUUCUGCUGGGGCCUGGUACUGGAUUCUCCUUCUUUUCCCAAGAAGUCGGCUGCAUGAGGACAAGAUAACUAUUGGGGACAGCAUCCUCCUCCUCCCUUCCUCUAAACUUCUUCCCACAAAGACUGUGCAUGUCUAAUAUUUAGACAUGUUUCGCUUUGUGGAUUCAAGGACUCUAGUGCUGUUCGCAGCCACCCAAGUCAUAUUAUUAGCGGUUGUACGAUGCCAAAAAGAAGAUAUCCUGGACGUAGGGAGCUGCGUGCAGGAUGGGCAAACAUAUAAUGAUAAAGAUGUAUGGAAACCAGAGCCUUGCCAAAUCUGUGUCUGUGACUCUGGAACUAUUCUUUGCGACGACAUAAUCUGCGAGGAGAAUAAAGACUGCCCAAAUGCUGAGAUCCCCUUCGGAGAGUGCUGCCCUAUCUGCCCUACUGAACAAACCUCAACCACCAUUGGGCAAGGAGCGAUAAAGGGACAAAAAGGUGAACCUGGUGAUAUUAAAGAUAUUUUAGGACCAAAAGGACCUCCUGGACCACAGGGACCAUCUGGCGAACAAGGCCCUAGAGGUGAUCGUGGCGAUAAAGGCGAGAAAGGUGCUCCUGGACCUCGUGGAAGAGAUGGCGAACCCGGUACUCCUGGUAACCCAGGACCCCAUGGCCCACCUGGACCUCCCGGACCCCCUGGCCUUGGUGGAAGCUUUGCUGCUCAGAUGACUGGAGGUUUUGAUGAGAAAGCUGGUGGUGCUCAAAUGGGUGUUAUGCAAGGACCAAUGGGCCCUAUGGGACCAAGAGGACCUCCUGGCCCCUCAGGAUCUCCUGGGCCUCAAGGAUUCCAAGGAAAUCCCGGUGAACCUGGUGAACCUGGUGCUUCUGGUGCUAUGGGUCCUCGUGGCCCUCCUGGUCCUUCUGGAAAGCCCGGUGAUGAUGGUGAAGCUGGCAAACCUGGCAAAUCUGGUGAACGUGGCCCUCCAGGACCUCAGGGUGCAAGAGGAUUCCCCGGAACUCCUGGACUUCCCGGAGUGAAAGGACACAGGGGUUACCCAGGUUUAGAUGGUUCCAAGGGUGAAGGGGGUGCUGCAGGUGCCAAGGGUGAAAGCGGAGCUGCUGGUGAAGCAGGUUCUCCUGGUCCAAUGGGUCCACGUGGUCUUCCCGGUGAGAGAGGACGUCCCGGUGCUUCUGGUGCUGCUGGUGCUCGUGGUAAUGAUGGUCUUCCUGGUCCUGCCGGUCCCCCAGGUCCAGUUGGUCCUGCUGGUUCUCCUGGUUUCCCUGGUGCCCCUGGUUCUAAGGGUGAAGCUGGUCCAACUGGUGCACGUGGUCCUGAAGGUGCUCAAGGUUCUAGAGGAGAGUCUGGUACACCUGGAUCUCCAGGACCUUCUGGAGCUUCUGGAAACCCUGGUACUGAUGGUAUUCCUGGAGCUAAAGGUUCAACUGGUGCUCCUGGUAUUGCUGGCGCUCCUGGUUUCCCCGGCCCACGUGGUCCACCAGGACCUCAAGGUGCUACUGGUCCUCUGGGUCCCAAAGGUCAGACGGGUGACCCUGGUAUUGCAGGAUUUAAGGGUGAACAAGGUCCAAAAGGUGAAAUUGGACCAUCAGGUCCUCAGGGAGCUCCUGGCCCAGCUGGUGAAGAAGGUAAAAGAGGUGCCCGUGGUGAACCUGGUGCUGCUGGCCCACUUGGUCCUCCUGGUGAAAGAGGUGCUCCUGGUAACCGUGGUUUCCCUGGUCAAGAUGGUCUUGCUGGUCCUAAGGGUGCUCCUGGAGAACGUGGUGUUCCAGGUCUUGGUGGUCCAAAAGGCUCUAAUGGUGAUCCAGGCCGUCCUGGUGAGCCUGGUCUUCCUGGUGCUAGAGGUCUUACUGGUCGCCCUGGUGAUGCUGGUCCUCAAGGAAAAGUUGGUCCAAGUGGUGCUGCUGGUGAAGAUGGCCGCCCUGGACCUCCUGGCCCACAGGGUGCCCGUGGUCAGCCUGGUGUUAUGGGAUUCCCAGGACCUAAGGGUGCUAAUGGUGAAGCUGGCAAGCCUGGUGAGAAAGGAUUGGUUGGUGCUCCUGGUCUGAGAGGUCUCCCUGGUAAAGAUGGUGAAACUGGUUCUCAAGGUCCAAAUGGUCCUGCUGGACCUGCAGGAGAGAGAGGAGAACAAGGUCCUCCUGGUCCGUCUGGAUUCCAGGGUCUUCCUGGUCCCCCUGGUCCUCCAGGUGAAGGUGGCAAACCAGGUGAUCAGGGUGUUCCCGGAGAAGCUGGUGCAGCAGGUCUUGUUGGUCCAAGAGGUGAACGUGGUUUCCCAGGUGAGCGCGGUUCUUCUGGCCCUCAAGGUCUCCAAGGUCCACGUGGUCUUCCUGGUACUCCUGGUACUGAUGGUCCCAAGGGAGCAACUGGUCCAUCUGGUCCCAAUGGUGCUCAAGGUCCUCCUGGUCUUCAAGGUAUGCCUGGUGAGAGAGGUACUAGCGGAAUCCCCGGAGCAAAGGGUGACAGAGGUGACACUGGUGAGAAAGGUCCUGAGGGUGCUCCUGGCAAAGAUGGCGCAAGAGGCUUGACUGGUCCAAUUGGUCCACAUGGUCCUGCUGGUCCUAAUGGUGAGAAGGGAGAAUCUGGUCCUCCUGGUCAAGCUGGCAUUGUUGGUGCCCGUGGUGCUCCUGGUGACCGUGGUGAAACUGGCCCUCCUGGUCCCGCUGGUUUUGCUGGACCUCCUGGCGCUGAUGGUCAACCUGGUAUUAAGGGUGAGCAUGGCGAGGCUGGUCAGAAGGGUGAUGCUGGUGCUCCAGGUCCACAAGGUCCAUCUGGCGCUCCUGGUCCACAGGGUCCAACUGGUGUUACAGGUCCUAAAGGAACACGUGGUGCUCAGGGUCCUCCUGGUGCUACUGGAUUCCCUGGUGCUGCUGGUAGAGUUGGUACUCCUGGUCCCAAUGGUAACCCUGGACCUCCUGGGCCUCCUGGUUCUGCUGGUAAAGAUGGACCUAAAGGUGCUCGCGGUGAUGGUGGUCCCCCUGGCCGUGCUGGUGAUCCUGGUCUCCAAGGACCUGCUGGUACUCCUGGUGAGAAGGGAGAGCCUGGUGAAGAUGGCCCAAAUGGUCCUGAUGGUCCCCCUGGCCCUCAAGGUUUGGCAGGUCAGCGUGGUAUUGUUGGUCUACCUGGUCAGCGUGGUGAGAGAGGUUUCCCUGGUCUGCCUGGUCCAUCUGGUGAGCCUGGAAAGCAAGGAAGCACUGGCUCUUCUGGUGACCGUGGACCCCCUGGCCCUGUUGGCCCACCUGGUUUAACUGGACCUGCUGGAGAGCCUGGCCGUGAAGGUAACCCUGGUUCUGAUGGUCCUCCUGGUCGUGAUGGUUCCACAGGUGUUAAGGGUGAUCGUGGUGAGACAGGCCCUCUUGGUGCUCCUGGCGCUCCUGGUUCCCCUGGUGCUCCUGGUCCAGUUGGGCCUACUGGAAAACAGGGAGACAGAGGUGAAGCUGGUCCACAAGGUCCUCUGGGUCCAUCUGGUCCUGCUGGUGCUCGUGGUCUGAAUGGUCCUCAAGGUCCCCGUGGUGAUAAGGGUGAGGCUGGUGAAGCUGGUGAGAGAGGACAGAAGGGUCAUAGAGGAUUCACUGGUCUUCAGGGUCUUCCUGGGCCUCCUGGUACUGCUGGUGAUCAAGGUGCUACUGGUCCUGCCGGUCCUUCUGGUCCUAGAGGUCCCCCUGGUCCUGUUGGUCCCUCUGGCAAAGAUGGCUCUAAUGGUAUUCCUGGUCCAAUUGGUCCACCUGGUCCACGUGGUCGUGGUGGUGAAACUGGUCCUGCUGGUCCACCUGGUAAUCCUGGUCCACCUGGUCCUCCUGGUCCUCCCGGCCCUGGAAUUGACAUGUCUGCUUUUGCUGGCCUUUCCCAACCUGAGAAAGGACCUGAUCCUAUGCGUUACAUGCGUGCUGACCAAGCCUCCAGUAAUCUCAGACAACAUGAUGUUGAGGUUGAUGCCACUCUGAAAUCCCUGAACAACCAGAUUGAGAGCAUUCGUAGCCCAGAUGGAAGCAAGAAGAACCCUGCCCGCACUUGCCGCGACUUGAAAUUGUGCCACCCAGACUGGAAGAGCGGAGACUACUGGAUCGAUCCUAACCAAGGCUGCACUGUGGAUGCUAUUAAGGUCUUCUGUAACAUGGAAACUGGAGAGACCUGUGUCUAUCCAAACCCAACCAAGAUUCCCAAGAAGAACUGGUGGACAAGCAAGAUCAAGGAAAAGAAACACAUAUGGUUUGGAGAGACAAUCAAUGGAGGCUUCCAAUUCAGCUAUGGUGAUGACAGCUCAGCACCUAACACUGCAAGUAUUCAGAUGACCUUCCUCCGCCUGCUGUCUACUGAUGCAUCUCAGAACAUCACCUACCACUGCAAGAACAGCGUUGCCUUUAUGGAUGAAGCUACAGGCAACUUGAAAAAGGCUCUCUUACUUCAGGGAUCCAAUGAUGUUGAAAUCAGAGCCGAAGGCAACAGCCGAUUUACAUACAAUGCCUUGGAAGAUGGUUGCAAGAAACAUACAGGCAAAUGGGGCAAGACAGUUAUUGAAUACAGGACACAGAAAACAUCUCGCCUGCCCAUCGUAGACAUUGCACCUAUGGAUAUUGGGGGAGCUGAUCAGGAAUUUGGCGUUGACAUUGGCCCAGUUUGCUUCUUGUAAAAACAAAAAUAAUAAAAUAAUUAAAACCUUAAGGACCUGAGUACUUUCCAAUCACUUUUAGGACUUCUGCACUGAAUGGCUGAACCGACCCCAAAUUUGAAUUCAUCCACGCGCUUACAUUUUGGACUUAUUCAUUUUGUAUUUCAAUGCCAGAACUGGGCAGACUGCGAAAUAAAAUCAUGGUAUUAUUUAUUUAUUGUCUUCCUGUAAGACCUAUGGGUCAGGUGUGAAACUAUCUGGCAUGUUUGAAGGCCCCAUUACCGAAGUACGAAGUGCAGUUAAUAACAGCCCCUCCCCCCUCGCAGUGUAUAUCAGCAGGAGUACUGUGUUUAACUGAAUGAAAUGGUGCUAUUGUUGUAAAACAAAUUUGUAUUUUAUAACAUCAACUGAUAUAAAAACUUUUUUUGGAAAGUACAA